GCUAGAGUUGCGUCUGUUUCUCGGUAGCCAGACCAGCCCGAGUGUGGGAGUCCGUCCGGCCUCUGCAACGGCUUGUCGGUUCCACUUGGAUUUCCCCUCCACCCCACCCCGCCGGUCUCGCAACACCGGUCAGAAAACCGGAGAAUCUUUCCCGCCCGCUUGAAAUCUUGGUCUAACGUCGGAUCCGUCUAAUCAUGGGAGAGAUUAAAGUCUCUCCUGACUACAACUGGUUUAGAAGUACAGUCCCCCUUAAAAAGAUCAUCGUGGACGAUGACGACAGCAAGGUGUGGUCGCUGUACGACGCCGGCCCCAGGAGCAUCCGGUGCCCCCUCAUAUUCCUGCCCCCCGUCAGCGGCACCGCCGACGUGUUUUUCCGGCAGAUCUUGGCCCUGACCGGCUGGGGCUACCGGGUCAUCGCCCUGCAGUAUCCGGUAUAUUGGGACCACCUUGAGUUCUGUGAUGGAUUCAGAAAACUGUUGGACCAUCUGCAACUGGAUAAAGUCCACCUGUUCGGGGCUUCCCUGGGAGGCUUUUUGGCUCAGAAGUUUGCCGAGUACACCCACAAGUCCCCCAGAGUUCACUCCCUGAUCUUAUGUAAUGCCUUCAGCGACACGUCCAUCUUCAACCAGACCUGGACCGCAAACAGCUUCUGGCUAAUGCCGGCUUUCAUGCUCAAGAAAAUAGUGCUCGGAAACUUCGCCUCCGGCCCCGUGGACCCCGUGAUGGCCGACGCCAUCGAUUUCAUGGUGGACAGGCUGGAAAGUCUGGGUCAAAGCGAGUUGGCUUCCAGGCUGACCCUGAACUGUCAAAACUCUUACGUGGAGCCCCAUAAAAUUCGAGACAUCGCGGUCACCAUUAUGGAUGUCUUCGACCAGAGCGCGCUUUCAACCGAAGCUAAAGAAGAGAUGUACAAAUUGUAUCCGAACGCCCGGAGAGCUCACCUCAAGACCGGCGGCAACUUCCCUUACCUCUGCCGGAGCGCGGAGGUGAAUCUCUACGUACAGAUCCACUUACUGCCAUUCCACGGGACCAAAUACGCAGCCAUCGACCCCUCUAUGGUCAGCGCGGAAGAGCUGGAAGUACAGAAGGGGAAGCUGUGCAUCAGUGAACAAGAAGAACAAUAGCACGAUCAAACCACGGGAUCGGGCCGAUGAGAGGGGGCUUCUCCCCAAACAAUCGAGCGUCUCCAAUCUGUCUCCUUUGGGGUGGGGGUGGGGGUCGGUUUUUCGGCUGUCCUUUUUUUUAAGUUAGCCGGUCAUCACUGUGUAUCCGAAACAGGACGAUUCUAUAAAACCUGUUCAACUUACGACGACGAUCGGUUCCCGGCCAGCGUACCUGGAUAGCCUCCGUUUAACUUGCGGCUUUGGAAUCGAAAGACGCAUCUCCGAAGACUCCUUAUUUUAAGAAUCGUGAAAAUUUUGCUACCGAGUCUCGGCCGCCACGUCCUUAAAGGAUCGGGACUCGGUGGGGUUUGGGUUUCUUCUUCUUCUUUUUUUUUUAAACUCUCCUUCAGCUGUUCAUAGCGCCCAUCCAGCAGCUCCGUUCAGCAUUUUGAGGUCCGUCUCUCGGUUAAGAUUACGUUGGCGGGGCCGGGUCGGCCGUCGGCUCGGUGUUCUCGCGGAUCACCCGCUCGAGAUAAAGCGUCAGGGAUUUUAGCUUCCUGCCCCGCGGCGGCCGACGACGGGGCCUUCGAAUAAAACUUGAGUUUCA